UUGUACAACGCGAAUGUUCUGUUACAUUUAUACGAAAUAAGGUUUACAGCGUUAAAUAUUCGAUUACGCGUUAAGAAACAAGAUAGUUGACAUCAAUUAAUACAGGUAGAAUGAUUGGGACGAUAAUUAUUGUCCAUGAGUCAUUUUGACUAGAUUAACCGUUAGGUUAGCGCUGUCGGUUGCAAACUGUCAGUAAGAAUACACGCUUUCGACAGCAUCAGACAGCAUGAGAGGUACGAGUGGUUCGAAGAUAUGCGUACACCUUUACUAAAAACUUUGUGCCAACAAUACACAAGGAUUCUGUUCUCGAAGCCUGAUUUCGUUACUAAGAGGAGUUACAAAAUGUCCACGGCGCUAACAGAACCGAUUCCCUUCUCGAAAGAUUUUCUUUUUCACCAACUGUUCGAUCCCGUGUCAAGUACAUACACUUAUCUACUGGCUGACAUCACUGAUAAGACAGCGAUCUUAAUUGAUCCUGUCCUUGAAUGGUCGGAUCGUGAUAAAAAUAUUAUCCAGGAACUGGGAUUAACUUUAAAAUACGUUAUGAAUACGCAUAUGCACGCUGAUCAUAUCACCGGAACAGGAAGAUUGAAGUCAUUGUUACCUGGUUGCCAGUCGGUGAUAUCACGCGCCAGCGGCGCCAACGCCGACAUACACUUGAAUCCCAAUGAUCAAAUCAAUUUUGGUAAACACAAACUGCGAGUGGUGCCCACCCCAGGUCACACCGAAGGUUGCAUUACGUACGUUUGCGACGAGCAAGGUAUCGCAUUCACAGGUGAUGCUCUUUUGAUACGUGGAUGUGGUAGAACUGAUUUCCAGGGUGGCUCGGCAGAAGUUUUGUACAAGUCCGUUCAUACGAAAAUUUUUACCCUGCCGGCGAAUUACAGGCUGUACCCAGCGCACGAUUACAAUGGCAGAACGGUUACCACGGUGGCCGAGGAGAAGGCCUUUAAUCCCAGAUUAACUAAAUCUCUAAACGAGUUUGUCGACAUAAUGAACAACCUUAAUCUUCCGUAUCCAAAGAUGAUUGAUAAAGCGGUUCCGGCGAACAAGGUUUGCGGAUUGUACGAGCUCCCAGAGAAGGAGAAACCAUGAAAAGGUCGCGGUACGCGCCACGGUACCGACCUCUCCGUUCGCGUUUCAACUAUCGAUGAAGCGUUAAUUGGAUUUCGUCGUUUCUUGGUGUAAAAACAUUGCAUAAUAAACGGGACUACCAGUAGUGUCUGCAGAGAAGUAUUAUAAUUACCGCUUUCUUUGUUUCUGUUAAUAAACGCUCGACGGUGCUGCUGAUUGAUA